CUUCCCACCGCCCGUGAUGUGUCUCUAGGUCUCUCGUCCCCAAAGUGCCUCUGUCAACCGUCAUUCUACCCCACGACGGCCCCCCAACAUGCACCUGCUCCAGCUGUUUUCGGCCCUUGCCCUCGGCGGCCUCGCCGCGGCCGGGAGAUCUACUCGUCAUGUCGGCGGUCUCGCAGACCGGCUCCAGAAGUCGGGCCGCAGCAUCGCGGCAGACACGCCGCUGAUGCCGCGCGAAUUCCAAGCAACUGCCAAGCGCGCUAAUGCCGGAUCUCAAUUCCUCACUAACACGACCUCAAAAUUCGUGGUCAACGGGUCUGCCAUCCCAGAUGUCGACUUCGACGUCGGCGAGAGUUAUGCCGGCUCCAUUCCCCUGGCAACCAACUCCAGUGACAAUCUCUUCUUCUGGUUCUUCCCCUCCGAGAACCCGGCAGCUGAGAAGGAGAUUCUGAUCUGGCUCAACGGAGGACCCGGUUGCUCGUCCCUCGAGGGAUUCUUGCAGGAAAACGGCCCGUUCUUGUGGCAGUAUGGAACCUACAAGCCCGUCGCCAAUCCCUGGAGCUGGCAUAAGCUCACCAACGUGGUCUGGGUCGAGCAGCCUGUCGGCACGGGCUUCUCCCAAGGCACCCCCACGGCGACCUCGGAGGAGGACGUCGCCAAGCAGUUCAUGAGUUGGUUCCAAAACUUUGUCGAUACCUUCGCCAUGCAGGGUUAUAGUGUUUAUAUCACCGGCGAGAGCUAUGCCGGCCAGUUUGUGCCCUACAUCGCGAGCGCCAUGCUGGACGCCAACGACACCACCUACUACAACGUCUCCGGAAUCAUGAUCUACGACCCAAGCAUCGCCUAUGAUGAGUUGCAGAGUGGGGUCACGGUCCUGCCACUUGUCGAGUCUGCCGCAGCUGUCUUCCCCUUCAAUGACACCUUCUGGGCUGAUAUUCGAGCCCGCGAUGCCGACUGCGGGUAUGCCGACUUCCGCAACGAGUUCCUCUCAUUCCCUCCGCCGAGCCUCCUUCCCGCGCCGGAAGACCUCCCUGGGAGCAACAAUCAGUCAUGCCAGGCGCUGUACGGAGACAUAUACGACGCGGUCAUGGCUGUGAACCCUUGCUUUGAUAUAUAUGCUGUCCAGACUACUUGCCCCUUGCUGUGGGAUGUUUUAGGAUUCCCUGGAUCAUUUGGGUAUCAACCCGAAGGUGCCUCGAUCUAUUUCAACCGCACCGAUGUGCAGGAGGCCAUCAACGCCCCGAAGAUGAUAUGGGAAGAGUGUGCCAGCGGAGACGUUUUCGUCGACGGUGGUGACUCUUCGUUGCCUUCCUCGGUUACCGUCCUGCCUGGUGUGAUCGAGCGCACACAGAACGUGAUCAUUGGUCAUGGAGUUCUGGACAUGGUCUUGAUCGCAAACGGGACGCUCCUGGCUAUCCAAAACAUGACCUGGGGCGGAGCACAGGGCUUCCAAACCACUCCCAAGGACCCCUUCUACGUGCCGUACCACGACGAGGUCUCACUGAGCACCGUCGCUGCGGCUGGCGUUAUGGGCACCACCCAUACGGAACGCGGGCUCACCUACGUCAGUAUCGCGCUCUCCGGCCACAUGGUCCCGCAGUAUCAGCCGACGGCGGCGUACCGGCAGCUUGAGGUCUUGUUGGGGCGCGUGAGCAGCCUGAACUCUGUAGAUCCGUUCACCACGGACUCCAACGUGACGCAGGUGUCUGCUUCAGAGCUGGCGGCCCAGGGCGGGAUUUACUUGUGAGAGGGGUAGGUGGUUUCGUUUCCAAUCCCCAUACAUGUAAAGUGUGUGUGGCGCCUUCAUAUAGUGGCAAACGCUCAAGACCCAGCGUUUGAAAUAGCAUGACAUUGAAUGAAGAAUCAGUGAGCGGUAA